AUGAGCACCUCUAACCAAAGCUACCCCUACGAAGGUGCCAUGCUGAUUGCCAAACGGAUUUCGCAACUCGGCUUCUGUACCACCUCAUUCUUCGGCACCCUUCUAAUUCUGAUUACAGUGUUCUUUAGUAAUAAGAAUGUUGGAAGAUACAAGUAUCUGGUGAUUAUGUUUUUAUCGCUUGGAAUAUUUUUUACGAUUGUGGAAGCGACACUCUGUCCGAAUGUGCAUUCUUACACCGGAAGCUGGCUACUGUACUCCAUCGAACAGCCUUUCGGAUUGAGUGUCUACUAUAUGAAGAUAUUUUUAGUUUUUUACACGGGUGUAUACGCCUCCACCAUUUGCAUGCUCUCCGUGCAAUUUGUUUAUCGAUAUUGUGCGAUAUUUUAUCAAGAUGGGCUCAAGAUCUUUGAAGGAUGGAGGAUUUUGUUAGUUUUGACAUACUGUGCAGGGUUUGGCAUGAUAUGGGGAGGUUCGAUAUACAUGUUUUCUCCAGUUGAUGACUUUGCGAAGGAUUUUCUCAGACACGAAAUGAGUAUGCAAUACGGAAUUGAUAUUGAUAAUGUGCCUGCAUUCACGCUAGUCGCCUACGACAAGGAUGGUCAUUUUAGGUGGUUCAACUCCACGGCAAAUUUCAUCCAAUUCUCGAUUAUCAUCUUCUGUGCGGCGGUUAUGUGCCUCAAAAUGGAGGAGAACAUGAAAAUGAUGUCGGAAUCGUUGCGCUCUGUUCACCGGCAGUUCUUCCGGACCCUCAUCAUUCAGAUCGUUGCGCCAACCAUAUUCCUCUUCACCCCGCUCACUUUUAUACUGUACCAUCCGUUUUUGAAUCAAGCGAUCAGUUUUCCGACGGGCACAUUUUUGUGCGCAAUUUCCUUUUUUCCGACAGUGGAUGCAAUAGUUAUUAUGGUUGUUGUCAACAAAUACCGGAAUGCCGUGAAAAAAAUCUUCUGCUUCGCGUGUCGUCGAUCAAAUGCGUAUGGAAGAAAACCUUCAAAGAUCCAGACUACCAUUACUCAAACAUAUUCUACUCAACAUUAA